CCCAUUUUUGUUCUCUUCAGUUAGGUCCCCCUCGCCCCCCCCCCGGUAAGUAAUAAGCUUUUAUAGCAAAGGUUUGUUUGAUUAAGAGAGCAUUGGUGAUGCUCUCAGGAAUUUAGGAUAAAUUCAUAAAACCAGAACCCAGAGAACAAAUUAUUAACCUUUAAAAUCUGCCAAAGUGCAAUAGAUUUUACCAACCGUAGAUGAAUAUUCAGUGAUUAACUCUAAGCAAUCCAGCACAUUUAUAGAUGAUCUUCUCUUGGAAAAAUGUGUCUGUUUGUAAUAAAUGGGAGGUAAAUACCAUACUCCGACUAUUAGGGGUGUUGAAUCAAUUCUUAGCCCAAUCAGAGAAACAAUUAAAGUCAUACCCUCAAAUAGAAAUCCAGUCCCGUUUAUUACAGUGGUAUUGUCAAUCUUUUCCUUUGCCAGUUUUCUUUGAUGUCAUAUGUUUUGUGUAUUUUUUAAAAAUAAAAUUAAGAUUAUUUUAAAAAGAAAGAAAAAUGUAUCUGUUUGCAGAAAUGCAAUCUCUCGUGUCCACAUGCAAACAAUAAAUUAUGGCAGGUUCUUGUUGCAAGGGAAGAUUUGCUAAUAAUUACUAUCUCUACAUCAUUACUAUUCUUAAGUUUAUUGAUAAAGGGCGGUGUGGUGUUUCUUUCAACUGUUUGUUAAGGGUGCUCAGUUAAUCUGCUAUAAUGUCUGAACAGUUUCUGGGAACGUGGAAGCUGGUUUCUAGUGAGAACUUUGAUGAUUACACGAAAGAACUUGGUGUGGGCUUUGCUACUAGGAAGGUGACUGGUGUUGUCAAGGCCAAUGACGUUAUCAGUUGCAACGGGGAAAUUAUAACCAUCGGCACAGAGAGCACUUUCAAGAGCACGGAGAUUUGCUUCAAGCUGGGAGAAGAGUUUGAUGAGAACCCAGUCCGAUGAUAUUGUCUUGUGACUCUAGACAAUGGAGAUCUCAAUCAAGUGCAGAAAUGGGAUGGGAAAGAGACCACAAUAAAAAGAAAGAUUGUCGAUGGAAAGCUGACUGCGGAGUGUGCUAUGAACCAUGUUGUCUCCACGAGAGUCUAUGAAAAAGCAUGAGGACUUUUGCCACUUGACAAGUAGGACUUUGAAGCGGAAGAAGCUUGGUUCACGGAGCAGAAGCAGUGCAAGGCUAAUUGCUUCAAAGAACUGAUUUGAUUACUGGCCAACUCCAAAGCAGCUUUGUCUCAUCUCAAGCAUUGUGAUUAUUCAAAAAAAUGCUCAACUUUUUUUGCGGGGGGAGUUUAUUGAUAAAGAGCUCCAGAGACCCCAAGAAACGGCAAGUUGGCUUUCUCUGGUUACAGUGCUCGGUUAAAUAAGAGGAGAAUAUCAUAGCUACAGCCGGAGUCUUAAAAUACCAGAAUCAUUUGUUCCUAGUUUCCUGGCUUCUCACAAACUGUGUACACUGUGUUUUUUCCUCAUUUCCUUCAUUUUGUCUACCUUCU